UAUCAGUUACACACGGAAUGCUAUUUACAGGGGCGCUUUAUUGAAAGCAAAUUCACCACAGCCAUUAUCACCAGCCAAAUCAUCUUUUUGUAUUUUCUUCCGAAAAGCAAAUACAAAAAAUAGAAAAUAUUUUUCCAGGUUACAGAAGCCCUCAAGAACUUCCGGGGCGACUUGAGCAGAGAGGAAGAAGACAGCGGUGGUUUGAAAGAUGGCGGCGCACACACAAAAGAAUAACAAAUCGGGGAAACCUGGAGGAAAAGAGGCUCAAACUUUGAUAAUCGCCAAAACCCCGGCAGAGGAACAGCGUCUAAAAUUGGAGAGGUUGAUGCGAAACCCUGAUAAACCUGCUCCCAUCCCAGAACGACCGAAAGAAUGGAACCCGCGGGCCCCGCCGGAGUUCGUCCGGGAUGUGAUGGGCUCCAGUGCUGGCGCAGGCAGCGGGGAGUUCCAUGUUUAUCGGCAUCUCCGGCGCAGAGAGUACCAGAGGCAGGACUUUCUUGAUAAGAUUGCAGCAAAGCAAGACAAGGACCAGGAUUACCUGGAUAAGGUGGAACAAAACAAAAAGGCUGCCGAGGAGAGAACGGCUAAGCGCAGGAAGAAGCGGGAAAAGCAAAAACAGAAAAAGCUUAUGUCAAAGAAGGCAAAGCUGGAAGCUAAAAGUAAGAAAGAAGAGGACGCUGAUGAGAGCUCGGACAGCAGUGAAGAAGAGGAGGGGGAAGAAAGAGAGGCUGAAGAUGAUGCCGAGGCUCCUAGCUUCAUCAUGGGGAAGAAAUGACUGACCCUCAUAUGAUAGAUCCGGGUUGGCAGGACUUGUUACUGGUAACAUACUGGGAGUAAUGCAUCACGAGGGGAGAAGUGCACUAGAAUCACACAAUAGCAUCAAAAAGAGAAUUUGUCCAAGAGGAAUGUAGAACUGGACUGGAUGUUCUGACUAGUUUGAUAGUCUGGCCACCCCCGGAGUAUGUGUGUGUGUUUUUUUUUGUUGUUGUUGUUUUUUUUUUUUUUUUUAAACAGGCAAUAAUAGUUAGCAUCCCAGUGGGAAGACAACAUGUUGAGAUGCUCCUGAUUCUUCAUUAUGCUUGUCAUAGACACUGAACAUGCUUAUUGUAUUUCACACUUUUCAGCUAGCUGUCAUAUUCAGGGGUUUGUUUAAUUUGCUUUAAUCAAGGUUAAAGAAUCUGAACUUAACUGAAUUGUUGGAAAGCUAUAUUUUUAAUGUUUUAAUAAAAACCAGAAUGGGCAUAACAUCAAGGUGUAACCUAAUUUGUUUACACUGAAGGAUAGUGUAUGACAGGACUGACGAGAUAUUAGAAUUGCAUGUAUGGAUGUAUACCGUACGUGUGCAUCAUCUGUCUAUCUACAUUUUAAUGGCAGGAUUUGCAGACUUGUGAAGCUGCCCCUUGCAACGACUGUUUCCCGUGGGUACAACAAGGCUGCACAAAGCAACUCAAAGAAUGAAAAGGCAUGACUCCUGGAGGCUCAGGGGCUUCAUGUGCGAUGUUCCUUGGACAGACUCCUGCCUUCUACGGUGGUGAUUGUCUCCUUCUGUAGCCAUCACCUUUCUUGAGGCAGGUAGAGUAAAACCAGGCAGCCAGAUAUAGUUUGAUAGGGAAAGCUCUUCCUGUCAGACACUGUCAGCUGUCACAGUAACAUUUCUGAUUGUGUAUUCCCCAUCCAGUACUGCUUUGAUGAAGAGAUUAAAGCACAUGCAGUAGA